UUAAAAAACAAAGGUGGAAAGGGGCUUGGAAAAGGAGGCACCAAGCGUCACCGUAAAGUGCUGCGUAAUAACAUCCAGAGUAUCACCAUGCCCGCCAUUCGCCGUCUGGCUCGUCGUGGCGGUGUGAAGCGUAUCUCUGGCCUCAUCUACGAGGAGACCCGCGGUGUCCUCAAGGUGUUCCUGGAGAACGUGAUCCGUGAUACCGUCACCUACCCCGGGCACGCCAAGAGGAAGACCGUCACCGCCAUGGAUGUUGUCUAUGCCCUGAAGAGGCAGGGACGCACCCUGUACGGCUUCGGCGGUUAAACCAGACUU